AGUAGGUUGCCAGAAAGUUUUUUGUUGGCAAAUUAAUUUGUUAAUUAUUAAUCACAAUUUUGAUGACUACUUAACCAUCUCCUACUCUUCACAAUCAUUCUUUUGGUGUCUCUACCAUAUAAUAAUCUCUUACUUACACCUAUAAACUCCUCACACAAUCUUAGUUGUAAUCUAACAUUUUGAUAACAAUGGCUGGAGGUACAGCUCUAACUCCAACCUCUGUAGGAUCUAAGUCACUACUUCCAUUGAGGAACCAUGAAGCAGCAGAGAGAGUCAACAACAACAACAACAACAACAGCUUGAAGGCAUUACCCAAAGCGGUCCAACCGGUUUCAUCAAUUGAUGGAGGGAUGGUUAAGAGGCCAAGAGGUAGACCAGCUGGCUCCAAGAACAAACCCAAACCACCAAUCAUUGUGACUCACGACAGUCCAAACUCCCUCAGAGCUCAUGCCGUUGAGAUCAGCUCGGGUAAUGACAUAUGUGAGGCUUUAUCAGAUUACGCAAGAAGGAAACAGAGAGGUCUCUGCAUACUCAGUGCCAAUGGUUGCGUCACCAAUGUUACAUUAAGGCAGCCAGCUUCAUCAGGAGCUAUUGUGACAUUACAUGGACGUUUCGAGAUCCUCUCAUUGCUUGGUUCAAUCUUGCCUCCACCAGCACCGCUUGGGAUCACUGGUUUGACCAUUUACUUAGCUGGGCAUCAAGGACAUGUUGUUGGUGGUGGAGUGGUUGGUGGGCUCAUAGCAUCUGGUCCUGUUGUUAUCAUGGCUGCAUCUUUUAUGAACGCUGUGUUUGAUCGUCUUCCUCUGGAUGAUGAUGAAUCUGCUUCUAUGCAGAACCAGCAGUACUACCAGAAUGGAAGAGCCCGUCCUUCAGAUGACAUUCAUGGUUUGCCUCAAAACCUGCUCACUAAUGGAAACUCUGGUUCUGAUAUGUACUCUUGGGGGCCUGCGCAGCGUGCCAUGUCCAAACCUUAAUAUUGCUAAUGAAGGGAGAACCAUAAGUUAACUGAAACUAAUCUUCCUCUGUAGUUUGUACCUGCAACAUUAAGAAAAAACUAAAACAAAGAUAAGUAAUUGUUAAUGAACUAAAUCAGAAUCCUCUAGUUUAAUACAAAAUAAAUAUUACUGUGUGUUU